AUGCUCAGUGGGCGGUCAGAAGAGUUCACUCAUCCGGUAGACGAUCUGAUCGAGAUCCAAGCUUCGCGUAGGGACUCUGGGUUUCUGGAUAUGGAAGACGGUCACCGGAUUGUGCAGAAGAAACCCGUACGCGUUAUCGCAGCGGUGUGCAAAGAAAGGGGCAUCGGAAAAAAUGGCACACUGCCCUGGAAUCUACCAUCUGAAUUCCAGUACUUUCUCCGCAGUGUUACACAAGUCUCCAAACCAGGAAAGUUUAAUAUGUUGGUGUGGGGCAAACUGUGCUGGUUCUCCAACCCUCAGACUAUGUUCCCAAUGGCUAAUGUUUUGAAUGCAGUCCUGAGUGAAACACUGGCGACAGUUCCAGAUUAUGCCCAUUUCCUGUGUCAGGACCUGAAGAGUGCUGUCCUUUUGGCAGCACAGUACCCGCUCGCAGACUUGAUUGAGACCAUUUGGGUUGUUGGAGGCACUCGGGUCUACAAGGAUGCACUGGAUCAUCCCUGGUGUGAUUUAGUGUUCCUGACUGAUAUCAUGGCUGAAUUUGAGUGUGAUGUCUUCUUCCCUGAGAUGGAUCCACAAGUUUUCAAGAAGGUGCAAGAAAGAUUUGCUGGAGUCCCAAGUGGAAUCCACGAGGAGAAUGGCAUUAAAUAUCAAUUCCAGGUAUUCAAGCGGAAUGAUGAAGAGAGAAAUGAAGAGAAUGUUUUGAACGACAGUUAAAUGUUUUGCUAUUGUAAUAUCACUGUAAAACUUCAUCAGUAUUCCAGUUUUUAUACCCAAAUGUUUUUAUUAGUUCUGACGGUAAUGAAAACAAAAAAAUGCUGUGCUGUUGUGGGUGAGUGACUGUUUGCACUAGAGUAGGGGUCCUCAACCACCAGUCCUCAGGGCAUUUGGUACUGGGCCUCACAGAAAUAACUUGCCUUAAUUCCGUUUUAUUUAUUUCGGAACACGAAAGAUGUUUUAUUGAGAAAAAUCACCGGAUCCUCUGUUACAUCUGUCUGUGUCACGCAUGACACACGUCAAGCCGCGCUUCUCCGUCACGUGACCGAUUACGCUAAAAACAAAAUGCUGGAGCUCGCAAAAUGAGCGAAAAAACUGCUGGAGAUCGCAAAUGACGGCAGCCUUAAAAGUACGUUCGAGACAACUGGAUUAAAGUUAUGGCUGAAUACUCCGAGAUCGCCACAAUAGCACUGUUGCCAUUUCCGACAUCCUACCUGUGUGAGGCGGGGGGUUUCUGCAGCAAUGGCGACUAAAACAAAAUUACGAAGUAGACUGGACAUAAACCACACACUUGAGGUGUCAUUGUCUCCUAUUACUCCAAGAUGGGACCGUAUGGUUACAGAAAAUCAAGCUUGGGGCUGUGGCGAGUCGUCAUUUUCAUGCACUUUGAAUUUGCGUUGUAUCGUAUUUUGAAGGCAUUAAACAUGACCAUCGCGAUAUGAGUGUUGCGGCCAGAUUAGACGCUCCUUGUCUUUAUUAUUAUAUUUCGAAAACACAACAGUUUUCAUGCAGCUCAUACCAUAUUAUUUUGUUGAAUUAUGUCCGCCACACCUUAAGCGCCGGUCCCUGAAAAUAUUGUCUGACAUAAACCAAAAAAGGUUGGGGACCCCUGCACUAGUGUAUGUCACACCCUGGUCAUUCUGUUUCACAAAUUUUAACAAUGGUUUGGAUGGUGCCCACCUGAAUCUGAGUUAUGAGAAACAUAAUCUUCACGGAGAAUCUGUUACUUCAGUUUCCUUGACCUGUUCUGUCAGACCAAUAAACUGUACCCACAGUUUACUAAUCUA